AACACAUUUUUAUCAUCUCUAUCUAUAAUCUAUAUACCAUUCCCCUUCCCCUUCCCCAUACACUUCACCAAAACAGAAGAAUGGAAGGCUGGAAGCUAUCCAAUGUCUCACGAGCUAUCUUAUUAAAUUUCUCUCAGACAUGACUCAACAGUACUCUUCUACCACUGCUUGUAUGUAUCACAAAAUCCCAUCUUUCAACUUGUCUCGGUAGCCCGUAGCGCAUAGAGUCGAGCUUACUUUUGAGAAACGAAGUUUGAAAUAGCUUGGUUCCUUAGCCAGUAGCAGCUUUUCACUUUCUCAGUGCUCCCAGUCCCAUUCUCCAGUACUGAAACCGAGCUUUUCAUGGCAACGCCAGUUUCUAUCGAGGUUUGGAACCCAAAUGGAAAAUACAGAGUCGUCAGCACCAAGCCCAUGCCUGGGACCCGGUGGAUUCGUCUUUUGACCGAUCAGGAUUGUCGGGUGGAAAUAUGCACCCAGAGGAAAACCAUACUGUCUGUGGAUGACAUUCUCGCUCUCAUAGGUGACAAGUGCGACGGUGUGAUCGGGCAGUUGACAGAAGACUGGGGAGAGGUGUUAUUCUCUGGACUUAGCAGAGCAGGCGGGAGAGCUUUCAGUAACAUGGCUGUUGGCUACAACAACGUCGACGUUAAUGCAGCCACUAAGUAUGGAGUUGCCGUUGGCAACACUCCUGGUGUACUUACAGAGACAACAGCAGAGCUAGCAGCUUCACUUUCUCUUUCAGCAUCUAGAAGAAUAGUUGAAGCAGAUGAGUUCAUGAGAGCUGGUUUAUAUGAUGGAUGGCUUCCUCAUCUGUUUGUGGGGAACUUGCUCAAAGGACAAACUGUGGGAGUAAUUGGAGCGGGACGUAUUGGAUCUGCUUAUGCUAGAAUGAUGGUUGAAGGGUUCAAAAUGAACCUAAUAUACUAUGAUCUGUACCAAGCCACUAGGCUAGAGAAGUUUGUUACAGCUUAUGGAGAGUUCCUCAAAGCUAGUGGUGAAGCGCCCGUCACCUGGAGAAGAGCUUCAACCAUGGAAGAAGUCCUCAGAGAAGCUGAUGUGAUAAGUCUUCAUCCUGUCUUGGAUAAAACAACGUACCAUUUGGUCAACAAAGAGAGGCUCUCAAUGAUGAAAAAGGAGGCAAUUUUGGUAAAUUGUAGUAGAGGCCCUGUGAUUGAUGAAGCUGCCUUGGUGGAACAUCUGAAAGAGAAUCCAAUGUUUCGAGUUGGUCUUGAUGUCUUUGAGGAGGAACCUUACAUGAAACCUGGCCUUGCUGACAUGAAAAAUGCCAUUGUCGUGCCCCAUAUCGCUUCUGCUUCCAAGUGGACUCGUGAAGGAAUGGCAACACUGGCUGCUCUGAAUGUCCUGGGGAAGAUUAAAGGAUAUCCAGUUUGGUCUGAUCCAAACCGAGUAGAACCAUUCCUGAAUGAAAACUCCCCACCGCCCGCUGCUUGUCCGAGUAUUGUAAAUGCAAAAGCCUUAGGCUUAACUGCUUCAAAGCUUUAAGGGCUAAAAGCUUCAGAAUGCUCAUGCCAUUAGUGAUUCUUCAGUUCUUAAAAGGAGAAAAAGAGAGCGACUAAGGAUGUAUAUUUGCUUUACAUUGUGUUAUGAACUGGCUUCAUUGUUUUC